CAUAAGCCAAAAAUAAGGAGCGGUGCAAAGGCCAAAGUCAGUAACUGGCCUGAUCAUUAUUUGCUUGAUUUUGCCCAGACUUCCAUCCAUUCUAAGAAAAAACAUCACCAAGCUCCAGUCAUCAUGUGAUUGUUUGAAAUGACAUAGAAGAGCUUUGGAUUUCCUGUUUAGUGCUGAUCAGGAUCGUGCGGCGACACUUACACAGUGAAACAGUUUAACACAAGUGACUUUGCAGUAGAGUGUGUACAGUAUGAAUAAAUACACACAAUACUUUACAUACAUUAAAGAUCAUUGAAGUAUAAUUGAAUUCAAAGGUUUAUUUACUGAAUGUGUUCAGGCCCUGUGCCAAGGCUGCAACAAAAAGAAGGAGGCAAGAGGUUUGACUUUAAAAUAAAAUAUAUUUAUGAACUAAAGCACAAAUAAAACAUACACUGUUACUGCCGUUUGCCUUUGCAUGACUCCUUAUUUUUAGCUCAUGAUACAAAGGCAGAGAACACGAACUGACAAAUAAGGGUCAAAGGUCAAUUUUGAGCUAUUUAUUCACAUGAUAAAGGAGCUCUCAAGUACAAACAAAAUGACAUGAACUCAUUUUUGACCAAACAUGUUAUGCCUUUGUAGGGCAGCAUUUCUUUAUUUGGCUUCUGUGGUACUGUAAUCAGUAUCAAGCCUUUCUCAUUACAUCAGAUUUAAAUUUUGAAUUUUAGCACACAGAGUAUUUUGCGUAUGAGAGAAGAACCCUUCCUAAAUUUGCAGGGUUUGUGUGUUAAACAUGUGUGAAUGAAACAAAACAUAACUCCAGGUCUGUUUGUGAUGAGGACACUCCAUUAUAACAUAGAUCUGAAAAUAAAAUAGUGUGAUAUGGGCCAUUUAAAGACAGAGCUCCAGGUUUGAUGCAGGUGACAAAAGCCUUAGCCGUUAGCCUCUUGCUUUUCCAGGUCAUGGUUAAUCCUGGUCAAUCUUCUUAGUCCUUAUUAGCGAUGCUGCUGCGCGGCCUGUUCUUGUGCCUCACAUGCAGCCCUCUCCUGCUCACUGCACAGGUGUGAGACAGGAGCAGGGGGAGCAGCCACCCGCCACUCUAAACAAGCCCAUCACACUGUUCGGGUCAGAAGAUGGUCCAGUGUCGGGACCAAAGCACGUGGCGCCCCCAAAGCUCCCUGACCCUCUGUGACCCUGCCUCUUCCUGCCUGACGACCUGUGGUCCUCCAUCUGUACCCCUCUCUGACCCUCUAUAUACCCCCUGACCGCUCUGACUUCCUCUUUGACUUUCUGUUUUCCCCUUUGACCCCACUGAACCUCCCUUUGACUGCCUGUACUGUCCUCUGUACCCCGACCCUCUGUACCCCUCUCUGACUCCCCCUCUGUACUCCGCUGACACACCGUGCCUCUGUAUCCUCUCUGUACACCUCUGUGACCCUCUGUAUCCCCCUCUGAGCCCUUUUAUGCAAGACCAUUGAUGCAGUGGUCAGAGAUGCAGAGGUCAGAGCUGUGUCUGCUGGUGCUGUCUCUGCUCCUGCCACAGUGUGGCAGUAGCGUCACACCCAGAGUCUCCUUCUCAUUAGGUAGCCCCGGCCGAGCCCUGACCUCCUUCCUCCUUCAUGAUGUCCAGAACUGCACCACUCUACUGCUGAGCCCAGACCACCACAUACUGUAUGUGGGAGCGCAAGACGCUGUGCUAGUGCUGGACGUUAGACACCGCCAGGGCAUCAGUCUCAUACGAAAGUUGGAGUGGAGCCCUACGGAAAAAGACACUGAGGAAUGUUCCAUGAAAGGCAAGAGAGUGGAGGACUGUGCCAACUUCAUCCGUGUUCUGGAGUUCCUGAACAGAACUCACAUUUACACAUGUGGGACAUUCGCCUUCAGCCCGCGCUGUGUCUACAUCGACACGGAGACACUGUCCAUGAGCCAGCGGUCAGAUGAAGGAAGAGGCCGCUGCCCGUAUGACCCGUAUCAGCCCAACACGGCCAUUGCUGUGGAGGGAGAGCUGUACACAGCCACAGUGGCAGACUACAGAGGGAACCGGCCUGUCAUCUCUCGACACCUGAGCGAAGCCGCCCGCGGGGAUCUGAAGCUAGACGACACUCUGGGCUGGCUGGAGGAGCCCACGUUUAUGCGCUCCAUGUUUGUCCCAGUGGAGGAGAAGAUCUACUUCUUUUUCAGUGAAGUUGGGCGCGAGUAUGACUUCAUCGACAGGCUCCUGGUGUCCCGUGUGGCUCAGAUUUGCAUUAGUGAUGUGGGGGGACAGAGGACCUUGCAGAGACGCUGGACAACAUUCGCCAAAGCUCAGCUGCUUUGUCAGGAUGACGGAGAACUGCCCUACAACCUGAUCCAGGAUAUGGACAUCCUCCCACCAGAACAGGGUGCUGCUCCUGAAGACACGCUUUUCUACGGUGUCUUCACCUCUCAGUGGCGGUUAAAGUCUGGUCUCUCGGCCGUCUGUGUCUUCAGUCUUGGCAGCUUCAGGUCAGCAUUCUCUGGGAGUUACAAAGUCCUGAAUAGGGAUACGCUGCAAUGGAGCUCGAGACUCCAUGAGAAAAUAGCCAGUCCUGGAGAGUGUGGCCUGCACAAUGCCUCAGAUAGUGCACUGCGAUUUGUUAAAGAAAACUUUCUGACCGAUGAGAGUGUGCGCCCGGUGGACAAGAGGCUGACAUUAGUGUCACAGCACAGCUACAGUCACAUCAGUGUGAAGAGGGUGCAAGCAGCCAACGGAAGGCCAUAUACCACACUCUUUCUACUCACAGUGACAGGGCUCAUCCACAAGGUGGUGCUGCUGCAGACUGGGCCUCACAUCAUUGAGGAGAUUCAAGUGUUCAAGCAGCCGCAGACCAUCACUAGCAUGAAGCUCUCCAAGGAUGUCAUAUUUAUUGGCAUGUCGGGAGGGGUUCUGAGCCUCCCAAUGGCCAACUGCUCCUUCUACCGGACCUGUGCCCAGUGUGUGCUGAGUCAGGACCCCUUCUGUGGCUGGGACAGUGGCAGGCGUGUCUGUGCGGAAGUGGGCCGUUCUGUGACCACUGUUCUGGUCCAGGAUGUGGAGCAGGGGCAGGUGGAUGACGUGUGUGUGAGCUCCCUCACACAUAGAACUCUGUUUGGAUCACACAUGCCCACAGCCCCGUGCCCUCCUGGUGUGCUCGUCACUGUCUCUCUGAAUGAGGUGGUCCGGCUCCACUGCCCAGCCCCUUCCCUCUUGUCCCGGCAGCAGUGGGAGCGUCCCAACAGUCGCCUGUCAGAGGAGCUGUACCUGCAGCUGGAAGACGGCAGCCUUAGCUUUGUGGCCACCCCAGCCACACUGGGACACUACCUGUGUGUAUCUGUUGAAAAAGGCUUCCAACAGACUAUGGCCGUGUACCAGGUCCGACAGAACAGCAUCCCCAUCUCCUCCUCUAGCAAUGCCCCCACCCAGCUCAUCACAGAGCACCUGACCAAGCCCUUCACAGAGCACCGCACACACCCCCGCGGACCUCCGACAAGUACCUUCCCACUGCACACUGUCCGGUCUGUGCACAGAGACAGGGGCUUUGGGAAAGCUCCUGAGGGGCCAUGUUAUUUGAAGGAGCUCCUCAUAGUAAGUGGGCUGCUGGUGCUGUGCUUCAGCCUGCUGCUCACACUGCUCAUGUACACUGUGCGUAUGCACUGCCACAACAGGACGGCCCCACAACCCCCUACUCCUCCCCGACCGCGAGGGGGUACCAUAGAGCCACAUCCCAAAGGCCAGCGCAGCAGCACCAGCUCCAAUGGACACCUGCCCAAUAUCCCACUGUGACUCAUGUGGACAAAAGAAAACACGUGGCCAGUGUCCCACUGUGACUUGUGGACCUGCUACUGUCCUGCUUUUUGAGGACAUAAGAGGAGAGUCUGGAACCGGCCCACACAGUUGAGGGACAGAGGACUUGUGUCAUGGUUGAGACUUGUGUUCAAUAUUUGUGCUUUUACAAAGAUUAUUUUAGACCAAACUUAUGUUUUCUUGUGUAUUUUCUACAAGAGAGUCAGUCUGCUCACUGUUUAUAAGUCAGAGAAAUAAAGAAAAGCUCUUA